UCCUUCAGCUCUUGAAUCAGCCAUGACGAACUAAAUCACGGUUUGGAGGUUCAGGUUCCAGUCUGCUCACGCAACUCCUCAAUUUUUUCCUCCAACAGAGUGACUGUCAACCCAGCCACUCGCCUGCAACCGAUAAAUGCCAUUCUGGCACAAGGACGCCUUGUUGUUUCCCUGUGCAUUGUCUCUCAGGAGCAGACGUUCUCAUCUGUCGUAUCAUCCCUUUUCCAUCACAGUGGCGCACUCGGUAUCUAUGGCAGAGCCAAAGGCUGGUACUCCUGGUACGCUACUGGAGAAGUUGGUGUUGCACUCUCCGCGUCCUAGCUCGCCUUCACUCAGGGCUUGCCAUAGGGCUAGAGACUUGACUGCCGUGUUUCAAGCGGUGGCCAAAGAAGAGGCCGUUCACCAUUAUUCAAACGAACAUACGAAUGAGUACGUGCACCAUAAGCUUGAUGACCAAGACAAUUUUCUGAUCGGCCACUACUUUGAGGAUCAGACCACCACUACCACCUCAACAUCGGUUUUCUAUCUUCAUGGUGCGCCGCUGUCAAAGACAUUUGACAUUUGGGAAGACAAUAAGGACAGUCAUGAGUGGAUUGAAGACGAUUUUCUCUCAGACACACUGUAUACUUCUGCAACCAAGGAUAAAGAAAACUUGCCGCCGAUACCAUCCUUUUCGUUUGUGGAACCACUAUCUCUUGCUAACAAGGACCAUGUUUGUAGUACGAAUCGCAGUCAUCUUAUGGAACUCCAAUUGCGUAACUUUGUAAGCGAAGUGGAGGCACUCUGGAGGCGUAGCUUGCAUACCAAAACGAAAACCACCAAUUUCGGCAAACGGGGUGGACGCCGAAACCGCGUAAUUGAGAUGGCCGCUAAAGCCAAUAGCCGAUCUCGCUUGCCCAAAAGCCGCCACCAUCAUCGUGUUAACAUUAUAUUCCCACUGGACGAUACUAGAUACCUCUAUUCUCGACACAAGUAAAUAUAUUUAUAUAUGUCUAUAUCCCUUUUAGCUUUAUAAAUAUCCCUCCUCUCUUCCCGAUGGCUAUCCCUAACUAUAUCUAGCUAUCCUAAACAUCCCCAACCUCCGUACGAGCUUCAUUAAAGAAUACGUAUAUGCAUCCGCCUAAUUCGAGGUCGUCCCCUUGAAUUGAGAUAGGAGAACUCUUUUUGUACGCUUCACAAAGCUCUUGCAUAGCUUAAAAGCAAAUGUGCAC